AUGGCAAACCCUGGUGAAGAAUACAAGACUGCCUCUUCCCAAGGCAUGGCGGCAUACGCUGCGCCUUCGCUUUUCCAGCCUCAUAAGGCGCGUCAAGCAAUUCGAGACGCUCACGCAAAGAAGAUCCCGCCACUCCUCUGUUACUAUGCAGGGUUGAGCUCCAUUCCUAUUACCCGGUACUUGGCUCCCAUGGGUUUCGACGCCGUGUGGAUCGAUUGGGAGCAUACUCCAUGCAAUACGGAAACCAUGACGACGAUGGUUCACGAGGCUUCUUUUAUGAGCCAAGGACGCACCAUUCCAUUUGUUCGCCUCCCCGGCCAUGAUCAUGCUACCAUUGGGUAUGCUCUGGAUGCUGGCGCUAGUAUCGUCAUUCCCCAAGUCGAAACGGUUGGGCAAGCAAAACAUGCUAUCUCCGCCGCGAAGUUCGGCAUUGCGCAGAACGGCACGCGAUCGCUUCCGCCCUUCCGUCUUGUACCUGGUCUCACCGAUACACCAUACGACCAACGCGAUUUGCAUAAGUGUCUCAACGAUCAGGCCGCCAUCAUGAUCCAGAUCGAAUCAGAACAAGCCGUCAAGAACCUCGACGAGAUUCUAAUCGCGUGUGGCUCGGAUAUCGAUAUCGUGUGGUUUGGCACCCUUGAUGCCCGAGUCAGUAUGAACCUCGAGGCCAAGAUGGGAGGAAUAGGUGCUUCGGAGCCUGAAUGGGUCAAAGUGUCAAAGCUGUUCUUUGAUACUAUCGAUGAGCACGAUAAACCCUAUGCUGGAUUUGCAUUCGGCGGUCCUCCUUAUGGGAGUCCCGAAGUAUUGAAGAAGGCUGCGGAGCGAAUGAGUCUGGUGAUGAUUUCGGCUGACGUGGUUCACUUGGGUGCUAUGGCGAAGGACCUGCAACAGGCGAGAGAACUGAUUGGAAAGACGAGGUAA